AUGCACUUCGGAAGCUACUUCAUGUCACAAAUGGCCACUUUAUUCAUUCUUUGUUCAAUUUUCGUUACUGGCAUGACCGCUGUACAAGGACCAACAUUCAGAAGAGGACUGAAGAGUGAGCUUCCGAGGUACCUGAGGAUGGCACCAUCAAAGGCCGUCGAUCUCUCAGCAGCAGCAGUUUCUCAAGGCACGUCUUUCGUGUUUUCUUUCUUGAACAGCCAUAUCAGUGCAAAGGACACUUCAUACACAGAGAAUCUUUCGGUGACCAUCACGAAUCCAGGGACUGUGGACGCCACAGUAACGAUCAGUUCACCAUUCCCGCUUUUCCAGAACGCUACUGUAACUGUGGGUGGCGGUCAAACAAAAACGGUAAACAUAGAUCCUCCAAGCAUUCAAACCGAUUACAUGGAUCAAUACCUUCAAAAAGCAGUUGUGGAGAACAAGACGUUAUUCGUAAACUCAAAUGUUUCAAUCUCGCUGGUUGCCACCAAUAGUCUUUCCCAGGGCGGUGGAGAGGACAAAUUUGUCGUUUUGCCGAUCUGCCAAUUGGGACAAGAAUACCAUAUUGUCGGAGACGAGUCUGCCAGAACUUUCCAGAGUUAUCAAUCAACGAAUAUUCUUACUAUAAUUGCUGUGGAAGACAAUACCACGGUAUCAAUGAACUACCUCUACGAAACUCCUACAACGCUAAACCGAGGCCAGCAACUGACUAUUGCUACAUACUACAUGGCCACUACCAUUGCUGUUACUUCGAAUAAAAAUGUAGCUGUGCUGUCAGGAUCGGUAUGUGGCUACGGAUAUUACAAUCCAAGUCACUGUAGCUACGAGGCACUCAUGUUGGCUCCAUCAUCAAGCUGGGGAAAUGAAGCGCCGUUCUACAAGUAUCUGCCAGAGGACUUGGGAGAGUUCAUGGUCCUCUUUGAGAAUAAUAAUACUGACGUCUACUUCGAUGAGCAGAAGCUCUCCAUUGGGCCGUUCAAUCACGAUAACUAUCUUAUUGCUGCCACAGAGACUGGAGUGUACAUACGAGCCACUGGACCAAUCUACGUCGUUGCUGUUGGCAGCACGAACACGCAGAACCAAGGCGCUCCUUUCUUUGCAAAUGUGCCAGGAAGCAGCACUUUCGGACAAGGACCGUAUACUUUCGGGGUAGCAACGACACUUGAUGAACAGCUGAAUAUGAAGCAUUACGUUCGUGUGACAUGUUCCAGUUUGGCAUGCCUAGGGACUGUCAAAGUUGACAACUAUAUUCCUAAUGGACUACUCUAUGUCAGAAUGGGUCGCAGCAACUAUUAUUACGUUGAUGUAGCUGUGAAAGCUGGUCAACAUACCGUUUCCUUCAUUGGUCCUGAUACGCCGGGGGCACCCAUCAGUUUCGGUGUGACUGUGUACGGUUAUGGACAAACUCGAGGAUAUGCGUUCACUCCUGGACUGAAUUAUCAGAGUUCUGGAACUUGCUGAAAGAUUGCAUUGGAUGGAAUUAUGAAG